GCGCAACGAGGCCCAGGUGCCUGCGGCCGCGGAAGCGAAGCCGCCAAGAGACGCCGUGCCGCUGGGGGUGCCGCUGCGCAUGCGCAGGCGGGCCCGUGGCCGAGUCUUCAUGGUCGCUCCCUCCGCUGCGGUCGGCCUUGGCUGAGUCUCGCGCUCUCUUCGUUCGCUUACCGGCGGGUUCGCUCCCCUUCUCGCGACCUGGGACGUCGAGGCUGGGGAAGGGGUUGAAAAGGGGCUGUUGAUCGUCUCCUUGAACUUGUGCGUGGGGGCCGCCAUGUCGGCCGGCGAGGUCGAGCGCCUGGUGGAGCUGAGCAGCGGGACCGGCGGGGAUGAGGAGGAAGAGUGGCUGUAUGGCGGCCCAUGGGACGUGCAUGUGCACAGUGAUUUGGCAAAGGAUCUAGAUGAGAACGAAGUCGAAAGGCCAGAAGAAGAAAAUGCCAGUGCUAAUCCUCCAGCUGGAAUGGAAGAGGAAACUGCCGAAAAUGGCGUGUCAAAACCGAAAGUGACUGAGACCGAGGAUGACAGUGACAGUGACAGUGACGAUGAUGAGGAUGAUGUUCAUGUCACCAUAGGAGACAUUAAAACUGGAGCCCCACAGUACGGGAGUUAUGGAACAGCACCAGUAAAUCUUAAUAUCAAGGCAGGGGGAAGAGUGUAUGGAAAUACAGGAACCAAGGUCAAAGGGGUAGACCUUGAUGCCCCUGGCAGCAUUAAUGGAGUGCCACUCUUGGAAGUAGAUUUGGAUUCUUUUGAAGAUAAACCAUGGCGGAAACCUGGUGCUGAUCUUUCUGAUUAUUUUAAUUAUGGCUUUAAUGAAGAUACUUGGAAAGCUUACUGUGAAAAACAAAAGAGGAUACGAAUGGGACUUGAAGUCAUACCAGUCACUUCAACAACAAAUAAAAUUACGGCCGAAGACUGUACUAUGGAAGUUACACCAGGUGCAGAGACCCAAGAUGGCAGAUUCAGUCUUUUUAAGGUACAGCAAGGGAGAACUGGAAAUUCAGAGAAAGAAGCAGCGCUUCCAUCUACAAAAGCAGAGUUUACUUCUCCGCCCUCGUUGUUCAAGACUGGCCUGCCACCAAGCAGAAACAGCACCUCUUCUCAGUCUCAGACAAGUACUGCCUCGAGAAAAGCCAGUUCAAGCGUGGGCAAGUGGCAGGAUCGAUAUGGGAGGGCCGAGUCACCCGACCUAAGGAGAUUACCUGGUGCAAUUGAUGUCAUUGGUCAGACAAUAACCAUCAGCCGAGUAGAAGGCAGACGCCGGGCCAAUGAGAACAGCAAUAUACAGGUCCUUUCUGACAGAUCUGCUACUGAAGUAGACAACAAUUUCAGCAAACCACCUCCAUUUUUCCCUCCAGGGGCUCCUCCUACUCACCUUCCACCUCCUCCAUUUCUUCCACCUCCUCCCACUGUCAGCACUGCCCCACCUCUGAUCCCACCUCCAGGUAUUCCAAUAACUGUACCACCUCCAGGUUUCCCCCCUCCCCCAGGCGCUCCACCUCCAUCUCUCAUACCAACAAUCGAAAGUGGUCAUUCCUCUGGUUACGACAGCCGUUCUGCAAGAGCUUUUCCAUAUGGCAAUGUGAUGAGGAGCGCUACAGAUACCGGGAGUAUGCAGAGAGGGGCUAUGAGCGCCACAGAGCUAGUCGGGAGAAAGAAGAGCGACACAGAGAACGACGUCACAGAGAGAAAGAGGAGACCAGACACAAGUCCUCGCGCAGUAACAGUAGACGUCGUCAUGAAAGUGAAGAAGGGGACAGCCACAGGAGACAUAAGCACAAAAAGUCCAAACGGAGCAAAGAAGGAAAAGAGGCUGGCAGUGAGCCGGUCCCCGAACAGGAGAGCGCCGAGGCCGCCCCUGCCGAGUAGACGCCACCUUUUCUCUGUGUCAGUCCCGGAAAUAGAUGCUGUAAAUCUCCUUAUUUUUCUGGAUAAUGUUGAAGAAAUAUACCUUUAAUCUUGUUCUGUUAGAAUGAAACGUUAACUUCUUUUCCAAAAUAAAAAUGUGCAUUUUUUUGUGUUAAGUUAAAAAUCUUUGUCUUGUAAUAUUUAAAGAAUAAAAGACAGAAAUGACUUUAUAUCCAAGGAAGUAAUGUGAGUGAGUCAGCAGGGGAUUUCGAGCUAAGGUUGGCUGUAUACACAGUAUGAUGAAGGUCAAGGACUCACCUUGGCUAGCUUCUUAGUCAGGUACUGUGGCAGAGAGCACUGCACAGACCCCGUGAAGUGAUUCCCUCUUGUCUUACGCCUGCAUGUUAGUGAUAGCGGGUUUUCAGUGUUCUAAAGGGGGCCAGGGUAACGAGGUGGGCCAGUUUAUAUCUCGAUGCAUAGAUGGUAGAGGCCUUUGGGUGGUUCCAUGAUGUAACGUGUACUUUCCAGCAGGUACACAUACACACAGACACAGCUGUGACUGGCACAGGGCUGGACCCCUCCAUGGCCAUCUGUUUGGGCCAGAGUCAAGGUGGUUUGGCUGCUGUUAACAUGUUUUCCAAGGCCCAUUGGUGAAGUAGAAUGUAGGGUGUUUUUAUAGCAUUACCAUAUUACAGACGAAAGGAAACUCAAUGACAGUAGUGUUAUCCCAGCUUAAAAUCUGGAUGAAGCCAAGGAGGGAGUACAGAGUAGCGGUGGUGCUAGGAACUCGGUGAGAGAAUGACUCAGAGCCACAGGGAAGAAGACAGCUGCCAUUUAGAAAAGAUUUAUUUCUCAUUUUAAAUCCUCUGCCAUUAAAUUUCAAUGCCCGUAUUGUUCUUUCUUGAACUCCACGUAUACCAUAUUUUUACUUGAUUUGAAUUGUGUCAUACAAACCAUUUUAGAUUUUUUAUGGGCUUUUUAUUGAAUAGAAAAAUAUAAACUUAAAGGUUUGGAGUGAUGAGAAAUCCUCCACACUAAAUAAAAACUUACCACUUUUUAUUUUUGAAAACAUUCUCUGAGGUGUAGCAUCUUUUCACAAUGUCAUACUUUGCCUGGCAUUUUUUUUACAAUAUAUUCUUUAAAUACAAAAAUUGACAAGAUAAAUACAGUUUUACCUAGCCUAUCUGAUCUUUUUCUGUUUUUGAAGAUCCAUCAUUGAUUUUAUAAAAAAGUACCAGGCCAGGAAGCAAUAGUGAGAAUAAUUCUCCCUUUCAGUCCCUUGAGCAUCCUUGCCAAGCAAGCGUGCAUCAUGCCGGAUGUGCUCCGACCAUUGACAGCGAGAAGAAUGUCACCACAUCUAAAAAAAAAAACAGCAUCGUGAUCAGAAUCACUGUAUGAUUGAAAAGUUACUCAUGGUGACUUGGGUGGUCCUACUGUUUGCCAUAUUUGUCCAUUUUAAUUCUAAUUAGAUGUUCCCCUCUUCACUUAAAUUAUCCAAGCUCCAUACAGCUUACAUUAGAAGAUAUAGUAGUAUAGGAAAUUGCAAUAUGGGGUCAACGCCAGCUGUAAUUUUUUAUUUUGAAUUUUUGAGACAGGGUUUCUCUGUGUAACAGC